GAGAAACCCCGUAUAAAAACUACUGGGGACCUUUCUCGGCCAGAACUACGAAAGCUCCGGAGACGGCRGCAGCCUGCGGCGACAGCGAGCGGGGCGGCCUCUUGGGCGGUGCGGGGCGGCCUCUCCGUCGGCGCGGGGCGGCCGCUGCCCCGGCGGGAGCGCGGAGAGCGGUGCAGGCAGCGGCGCUGCAGGUCCGGCACCUUCCCUUAUCCUGCAGCACCACCUGGCUCCGGGGGGCUUUUUCUCCCCCCCACACUCCAAUUUUAUUUAUUUAUUUAUUUAAAUCUAAUCAGUAGGCGCGGAGGGAGAGGGGCCCCGGGGGGCCGGCGGGGAGCCGGAGCGGUGCCUGGAUCCAGCCCGGGGAGGCGGCGGCCGCUCACCAUGGCAGACGAUGAGAAGGCCGGCGGUAGCCCCGGCGAGAGUUCCGCGGGCGGCGGCGAGAGCGCGCACUGCAACGUGCUGAGCUGGGAGCAAGUGCAGCGUCUGGACCGCAUCCUCAGCGAAACCAUCCCCAUCCACGGCCGCGGGAACUUCCCCACACUGGCCAUGCAGCCGCGCCAGAUCGUCAAGGUGGUGCGGAGCCGGCUGGAAGAGAAGGGCAUCGGCCUGCGGGACGUGCGGCUGAACGGCUCGGCCGCCAGCCACGUCCUCCACCAGGACAGCGGCCUGGGCUACAAGGACUUGGACCUCAUCUUCUGCGCCGACCUCAAAGGAGAAGCCGAAUUUCAGACUGUGAAGGACGUGGUCUUGGACUGCCUCUUGGAUUUCUUACCCGAGGGAGUGAAUAAGGAGAAGAUCACGCCUCUCACCCUCAAGGAGGCUUAUGUGCAGAAAAUGGUAAAAGUCUGCAAUGAUUCAGACCGAUGGAGUCUUAUCUCCCUGUCCAACAACAGUGGCAAAAAUGUGGAGCUGAAAUUUGUGGACUCUCUGAGGCGGCAGUUUGAAUUCAGUGUCGAUUCCUUUCAAAUCAAGCUGGACUCCCUGCUGCUUUUUUAUGAGUGCUCAGAGAAUCCGAUGACUGAAACUUUUCACCCAACUAUCAUUGGUGAGAGCGUUUAUGGGGAUUUCCAGGAAGCCUUUGAUCACCUCUGCAACAAGAUAAUUGCCACCAGAAACCCAGAAGAAAUCAGAGGAGGUGGUCUUCUGAAAUACUGCAACCUUUUGGUAAGGGGCUUUAGGGCAGCCUCCGAAUCUGAGAUUAAGUCCCUGCAGAGAUACAUGUGUUCGAGGUUUUUCAUUGACUUCUCAGACAUUGGCGAACAGCAGAGAAAGCUGGAGUCCUACUUGCAGAACCACUUUGUGGGAUUAGAAGACCGCAAGUAUGACUAUCUCAUGACCCUUCACGGUGUGGUGAAUGAGAGCACAGUGUGCCUGAUGGGACAUGAGAGGAGACAGACUCUGAAUCUGAUCACCAUGCUGGCCAUCCGGGUCCUAGCCGAGCAAAAUAUCAUCCCCAAUGUGGCCAAUGUCACCUGCUAUUACCAGCCAGCCCCAUACGUAGCGGAUGCCAACUUCAGCAAUUACUAUAUUGCCCAGGUUCAGACGGUGUUCCCUUGCCAGCAGCACACAUACUCUACUUGGCUGCCCUGUAAUUAAGGACCGAAAUUAGUAGACCUGGUGGGGAAAACAUUUUCUAAGAUGUAGGAAGGGGCGACGGGUCCCUCUGAAAUGGGGUGUUUUGUGCAAUGGUGAUCUGCUCUAGUUUUCAAGCUUGGGAAAAGCUUGUGGUUCUUCUAAUAAAUAAUGGGAGCAUGAUCAAGAAAGAACCCCAAAAUAAUUGGAUCCUACCCCAGAGCACAAGAGGCCUGUCAUUAAAAGCAACCAGCUUCCCCUGAAAUAAGUGAGGGAGGAAUGCUUGAUGACAAUAUGGGUUGGCAGUGUCUGCUCCCAUAGCUUUGGCAUAGAGAAGGUGGGAAAGCCUUAUUUUCUUUUAUUUUUAUUCUUAMUCUAGAAUGGGAUCUGCAAAAGGGAGAAUAAGAAAGAAACAAAACAACAAAAAAAACAACAAAAGAAAAAAACUUCACAAAAAACAAUUCUAUAUAUAUUCAGGAGUUAAAAGUUAGAGGCAUAAAGCAGAGAUAAGCUGAAUAAAAUUGUAUAUUGGAAUUACUGCAUUUGGGGCUUGCAGCAAGUGCCGUCUAUGGAUUGACCAUGUAGAAUGUAUAGCUUGCUUGACUAGAAUGCUUUAUCAGAAACAGCUUGCUCCAAAUGAACAGUAGUGGAUUGGUACAGUUAUAAAAACAGAAAUAUGUACGAUGACAAAGUCCAUUAUUUCCAGCUGUGUGCAUGCCUCACAUUUUAAAAAUGUGAGAAUGCUGGAAAACCAGCUGUGGCAAGAAGUGUAUACUCAAGGACCAAAGAUUUCACAAAUAAGUUAUCCAAGCAAAGAAGAUACAGUAGAGUAUAUAUAUAAAAAUAUA